AUGAAAGCCGUUCUUGUGCGAACCGGUUCAGUCCCGGUUCUUCCUUCGUUAUUGGGCGGUUCACCGAGAGUUUCUCUCUCCGUUCACGACUCCAUUUCCGGCGAGAAAAACCACUUUUCUUCUCCGAAGACUGGUCUGCGUUUGGAGGUCAAUCGUCGAAGCGUUAUGCGAAGGGCUUUGUCGGAAACAGAUGUUGUCAGAUUGGAAACUGAGGCUUCCUGUAAGUUCUCGAAGUUGAGCGGCAUCGGAUCGCUGAAAAUACGGGAGGAAGAGUAUGUAGAAAACGAUGACGAGGUGGUUUUUAGAGGAAUUGGAUCUUUGACUUUGGCGGAGAGAGAUUUUGAUCGGAGGAACUAUAAAGAAGAUUGGCCGGCAAGUGCGAUUCCGAGCAAGAUCGGGGCAUAUUAUCAGGAGCUGCUGAAGUCAAAUCCUACAAAUUCUAUGCUGCUUAGAAACUACGGAAAAUACUUGCAUGAGGUGCAAAAAGAUACGGCUAAAGCGGAAGAGUACUACGGUAGAGCUAUAUUGGCGAGUCCUGGAGAUGGAGAAGUGCUAUCAUUAUAUGGAAAAUUGAUUUGGGAGACACAUAGAGACGAAGAUAGAGCCAAAUCAUACUUUGAUCAGGCUGUUCACGCCUCCCCUGAUGACUG